AUGUAUUUGAACAACAAGAACAGUGCAGAGCACAACAAAACCAACCUAAAAUCAUGGGGUCCCCCUCGACAACACACGGAGAAGGUGUUAAAGCGAACAUCCCGGAAUGUCAUGGAAAAGAGCAAGAACCCAGAAAGGAAGGAGAGCAGAGCUGAACAUGAGGUAGUGCAGCACACUGCAUUUUCCAAGGCGUCCCAUGACCUGAGUCACUCAGAGAGAGUAAUGGACGAGCUCACCUUUGGGCGACGAGUGGGCUUCUAUGAACUCAGAGGGGAGAUUGGAUCGGGGAACUUCUCCCAGGUCCGACUCGGAAUACAUGACCUGACCAAAGAGCGAGUGGCGGUGAAAAUCCUGGACAAGGCGCGCCUGGACAAGUGUUCCCAAGUGCUGUUCGCCUCAGAAAUCUUGUGCAUGGAGAAGCUUGUGCACCCAAACAUCGUGCGUCUCUACGAAGUAGUGGAGACCAACAAGAGGCUUUAUCUGGUCAUGGAGUACGCCAGUGGAGGGGAGCUUUUCUCACGCAUCUGCACUAGGGGGCGCCUCUCCGACAGGGAGAGCAAGCUGGUGUUUGCUCAGCUGCUGGCAGCAAUCAAGCACAUGCAUGACAGCAACAUCGUACACCGUGACAUGAAGGCGGAAAAUGUGUUGUUCACUAGCAUGUGCUGCGUCAAAGUGGGCGACUUCGGCUUCAGUACAUGGUGCCGCCCCGAUGACGUGCUGCACACGUUCUGCGGCUCCCCGCCGUACGCCGCGCCCGAGCUCUUUGGCCGCUGUGGUUACGUUGGCCGCUAUGUGGACAUGUGGGCUUUGGGCGUCCUGCUCUACUUUAUGACCACUGCCACCAUGCCCUUCAGAGCCACCAACACGAGUAGGCUGAGGCGCUGCAUUCUGCAAGGCUCCUACAGCAUCCCCUCCUAUGUGCCUGGACCCUGCAGGGAGGUCAUCCGGGGCCUGCUGAGACCAGUGCCCGCGGACCGCAUCAGCGUGGCUAAAAUCAUGAUGGGCGAGUGGAUGAAGGGUCUGGACUACCCCGAAGCGUAUCUCGCUUGCCGCCCUACACCCUCGCACCUCGCCGUGCCGUCCACAGUCCUCAGCUCAGACGACCUGAGAGUCAAAGCGGCGCUGGAAGAGCUGGGCGUCACAGAGCGCCACCUUCUGGACAACAGUCGAGACUUGAGGAGCCCCGUCACCGGUGCCUACCGGAUCCUGUUGCACCGCCUCCAGAGAAAGACGUCGGUGGAAGCAGCGGGCUAUGGUUACGUGAGCAUGACGGAGACGCGCAAUAAACUCAAGCAGCUGGACAAACGUACUUCUGCGGUUUGUAUCCUCAUGUAA